UGGCACUCUCCUUUCCUUCGAUCUUUGUUUUCUUAGCGUCCUUCGUUUCUUCGCUCCUUGAUUAUCUCGCCGUCCUCUCUUUUACUUUUACCACCAAUGCCAUCCUUGGGCAAUUCCCAGCGGCGAUACCAGGGCAACUCGCCGUCGACCACAAAUCUCCUCCCAGGGGCAUCUACUACCAACCUCGGCAUCCACGCCAACUUUGCUCGAGGACCCUCGUCAUUACGCAGUGUGAGCAGCAAUGCUUCUCUCAAUGACUCGCCGUUCAAUGUAAAAGGCAGCCGAGUGGUGCCAUCCUUGGCGCCUUCCAUCUCUGACAAGGCAAGUUUCCCGUCCUUCUCGCUAUCACCCGACCCCGUCGCCUGGGGUUCAGAUAUAUCACCCAACCACCCCGAGCCAGAUGAUUAUCUCCACAACCCUGACCCACGGCGAGACAGAAAGAAUGAUAACGGUGGAUCUGUAUUCACCUAUCGAGGCCUCGCCAACCUUGGUUGUAUUGUCGUCCUUGGUCUUGGUUUGGUGUCACUAUUCGCCGGAUACCCUAUAAUCUCAUAUUUCACCACGCGAGACCUUUCGUCACUUGGCGGUUUCAAUCUAGGCGGAAUCAAUGCCAGCGGACAGGUACCCAGUAUGCCGGGCAACUGGGGAAUGAUUGAUCUUGAUACCCCGGAGGACGCAUACACAAUCAAGUCCUUUACUGACGACAAUGAGCUUCAGCUGGUUUGGAGCGACGAAUUCAACGUCGACGGGCGAACAUUCUAUCCCGGCGAUGACCCGUAUUGGGAAGCAGUGGACUUGCACUAUUGGGCUACCAACAACUUGGAGUGGUAUGAUCCAGCCGCGAUCACAACAAACGGAGGCUCGUUGACAAUAACAUUAUCGAAGAAAGAAACGCACGGUCUUGACUAUCAAGGUGGAAUGAUGUCCACCUGGAAUAAGUUUUGCUUCACGGGCGGUAUGAUUCUGACUUCGGUGACGCUUCCGGGCGCAAACAACAUUCUUGGUCUAUGGCCUGCCGUGUGGUCAAUGGGAAAUCUUGGUCGAGCUGGUUACGGAGCUUCCUUGGAUGGAACCUGGCCCUACACCUAUGAUGCAUGCGAUAUUGGAACAGUUCCGAAUCAGACCAUCAACGGACUCCCAUUGGCAGCAACUGUCGAUGGAGACUCCAGUCAGAAUGGUAUACUAUCUUUCCUUCCGGGGCAGAAACUUUCUCGGUGUACAUGCCCUGGAGAAUCUCAUCCUGGACCUAUGCACUCGGACGGGACAUACGUUGGACGUGCUGCACCUGAAAUCGACGUUUUCGAGGCUCAGGUUGCUAACGAUGAGGGCGAGGUGUCACAGUCAGGGCAAUGGGCUCCUUUCAAUGCUAAAUAUGAGUGGUUCAACACAACGGACAACAUGAUUAUAUAUGAUUCAACGAUAACAUACCUUAACUCAUACACCGGCGGAGUGUAUCAGCAAGCAACAUCAGGCGUAACCGUAACCGACCAGAAUUGUUAUCAGCUAGAAACAGGCUGCUUCGCAGUUUAUGGGUUCGAAUACAAGCCAGGCUAUGAUGACGGGUAUAUAACAUGGAUCAAUAAUAACAAUGCCGCUUGGACACUGAAGGGUCCCGGAGUUGGGGCGGAUACUCGUGUUGAAAUAUCAGCACGUCCAGUGCCUCAGGAGCCAAUGUACAUUCUCGUUAACCUUGGCAUGUCAGAGAACUUCGGUUAUGUUGAUUUCGACCACCUUACCUUCCCAGCGAUUAUGUCAAUUGAUUAUAUACGGGUCUAUCAGCCAACAGAUUCCCUAAAUAUUGGCUGCGAUCCUGAUGAUUUCCCUACACGGGCAUAUAUUGAAGAAUACAUCGAAGCGUACACGAAUCCUAACAUCACCACAUGGGUAGACGGUUAUAAGCAGCCAUUCCCCAAGAAUAGCUUCCUCAAACAAUGCUAG